AUGCGUCAAUCAUUGCGGCUGUUGAACCUGGAGGUCUCAUCUCUCCAGGGACCUAGGUCUCUUUACGUCUGCUCGACUUGUAGACAGGAAGUGCGGCCGCGCCCAAUCCUCGUUCGCCAAUUCCUGCGAAAUGCCUCCAACGCAACACCGCUGACCGAGCGUGUGCGCCGCAAGAUCUGGGGAACAGACAGCCCGCCCGGUCUAAAGGAUCCAUAUGGAGGUGAAGGUGUCCUUGAACGGAGAUGGAAAAAUCAACCUGGAAAGGAGGAGGAGGGUCUGGCUUCCGAGCCUGCCCAAGCGUUGGAGACUGAGACCGCUGCCACAGAGGAGAUUGUUUCUGAGGAUAACUACGUGCCUGCAAGCUCAUGGAAGGGACUUCCUCGCGUCGGUCAUCUGGGAAAAUGGUCCGACCUUCCUCCCUCGCCAGCCGAUACAUUCAACCCCUUCAUGCUCAAGAAGAAACUCACCAAGAAGGGCCAUAUUUAUCUGGCCGCUCACCAAGCAGCCGUCGAACUGUGCUUGAUGCAUGCGCUGAAGAAGCCGCUUGCGAGCAUCUGCGACGUCGCUGCACACGAGAAACCGGUUUUCAAAUUGAUCUGGAAAUGCAAGAUCGAUCCUAACGCAAAGACUCAGUGGGAAGAGUCCCUGGUCUACCCGGACAAUGAGGCAAAGGAUGCCCUCGUGUACAUCUUUGAGCAGAUUGGAGGACAAGCCGAAGCUGCUGUCGCACCCGAGACCUCCGCUGAAGAAGUCCAAGAGGAUGCUGUUGAUUAUGAGGAGGGCGUGGAGGGAGUGGCAUCGAACAACACCAUCCCGCUGUUCUUCGGAUACCGCACGGUGCCGGAUAAGGGGUUCCUCUCUCUGCCGUUGAGCGAUGCGGAUGUCAAAUUUGCUUUCCUGAAGCGAUUCUAUCAAUUGAGCGGCCACUUCUUCCCCGAUCCUGUCAUGCAUUCGAUCUCUACCGUCCAGCAGGCCGUGGAGUACGCCCAGGGAGUCACUCAACCUAAGCCCACCAAACUGGCUGAUCACCUUGCCAAUAAUGCGAAGCUGCAGCAUCUGCGCAACGUUAAACUCUUCACCAAGCGCCAGACGGCAUUGCACAAGGAUGAGGAGCUGGGACGAAGGAAGAUUAUCGAAUCGGAGCUUCGUGCACGGGGUCUGAUUGAAUAG